AUGCGCCUCGCUGAAUCUCUUUUGAAACGAUUUGCAAACUUUCUUCCUAAAUCUGUAAAUUAUAAUUUGCUACCAAGAUUAUCCGCCACGAUGAAAGCUAUUUCAUACGCCUUGUUUUGAGACACAGCAGCUUCGAGAUGGUAUACAAAUUUGGUGAAACGAUCACUAAUUGAUAUGAUAUGAGUGGAGAAUACAGUGUUUACCGAUUAAAUUAAUUGAAACAAAAUGGAUAAUCAUGCAGAUGGCUCGGGAAUUCCAUUUGAAAGACCUUAUUUUGCAGAUUCAAGUAUGAUACGUCAACAUUUGGCAGCCUCAUAUGGAAUGCGUCAGCCACCUCACAUGUUAUCGCCUCAUCAGAUUCCAGCACAACAAAUGUUUCCUGGUAUUGGGAGGAGGCCAUCUUAUCCUGCACCUGAUGAAGACCAAAGACUUGGUACUAGCAAAAGAUCAAAUUCACUUCAAUCUCCAACAAGUUUAGCUCCAUUAGGUACUUCUGCGACAAGUCCAUGGAUGAUGCCUUUCUCUCAACCAAAUGUUUUAAACCCAGAAUUUUCUAUGACUUCUAUGUUUCCAUCUCGUUGGGCUCAAGAACAAACUGCCAUGAUGUCCUCGCAACAGCGUGACUCACACUUAUUUGGAUCCCAAUUUCGUCAAGAAUCUACAAUGCAGGCCAUCCAUCAAAGAGAAGUACAAUUGCAGCGGGACCGGGAGCUGCAUUUUCAAAGACAACAGGAAGCCCAACUUCAGCGAGAGCAGAAACAAAAAGAACAAGAACUACAACUGCAGAGGGAGAGAGAAACUCGUCUGCAAAUGGAAAGACAGCAUGAAGCAUUGUUACAAAGAAAACGAGAAGCCCAAUUGCAACAGGAAAGAGAUGUGCAAUUUCAAAGACAAAGGCAAGAACAAUUAGAGCGAGAGGGUAAAGAACAAGCACAGAGGGAACUGUUGUAUUUACAUCAAGCUAAUCAAUUCCAGCACUUAAGUAAUAAUUCUCCACAAGACCACAGAACACCUAUGAUGCAUUUCAACUUUCAGCAAGACAUGAGCUCAAUACCGAAUCAUUCUUCAGUGCCAUCUAUUCAAAACUUAUCACAUCCAACCUCAGAUGUGGCAAAGUCUAUCGCAAAUAUGCCUUACUCUAUGUCAACACUGAACAAGGGAGCAACUGUUAAUACCUCCCAAAUUCAUUUCCCCCAAAGCUCUUCAACAGGAGUUUCAAUUAACGAACAACAAAUGAAUAUGUCGUACAGCUUACCAUUGUCCAGCAUGUCAAGUUUAGUGAAAAGAAACCCUUCUCUUGAGGACAACCUAUUACCAUUUGAUCAGUCUUUUCGUGAGCAUGGUUUUUAUGAUCAAGCUGGAGGAGCUUUUCGGAACCUUGAAGAUAUUGACUUGACCAUAGAUCGACACAUAUCUGCCAUUAAGCUAGACAGUCAAAGAAAAGAGCUCUCCACUGAUACUAGUUAUUCAUCCUCUAAAGCAUCACGUCCAUCACCACAUCAUAGAUUUUCUGAUGUUUUAAAUGAUCAAAGGUGUAAAAUUGAAAACAUACAUAUGUUUCAGGGAAAACAAUCAACAACUCAGGACCCUACACUUAAUUUUAAUUCCUUUUUAAUAAAUCAAAUUACUGACACAAGCAAGGUUAAUGGAAGUAACAAUACUCCCACUACUGAAAUGUCAACCCUGAAAACAGAAAUGCUGACUCCACAGCAGUUACCAAAUGCACAUUUGCAGCAGCAACAACAAAAGCCAAUAUUUAAUCCCCAAAGCCAAUCUAUUGACAGUACGCCUGUUAGUUUCUCGCAAAGUAACACUGUUCAAGUCACACAAAGCAGUUCUGUAAAUAUAAACAUUAACAUAAACAUGCCUAGUCAUCCAAGCUUUCCUUUUGGUUUGUCUGAUUUAUCUUCCACUCCAAGUUCUACAGGUGUAAAUGAAGAAGCUAAACUAGCACAAACACCUAUACAUCAUAAUGAAAGUGAUAAAAAAAAACAAGGAAAUUUUACACAAACCUGGAAGCUUCAAAAUUCUACUGACUUAGUGGGUGAAAAUAAAAUAGCUUCUGAAGAGGUUUUUAUUUCUAAAGAAAAUAAAAACCAAAGCACUGACUCGUCUGGAAUUGUUUCAACUGCUGCAACUACGAUCGUACACAGUAGACAAAAAUCUAAACAAUCUUUUAGUAGCAUUGAGACAUUUUUGGGAAUAAGCUCCUCGUCUUCUACUAGUACUACUGUAAUAAACGAAUCAGCUGUUCCUUCUUCAUCAAGUUUAGAAUUGGCUCGAUCUGCUAUUGAAUGUCGGGAUCGUAUAUCAGUAAUCAAGCCAGUGGCUGCAGCACAGGAAGAGCAGGGAGUUAAAGAUGCAGCCAAGGAAGUAGAAAACAACACAAGCUCACCUAGACUAUUUAAUGCAUUAAGUGCAAAUGACACAAAAGACAUUGAAAAAUCUACAACUGUUACCCGACCUGUCCAUCCUUCAAUGAGAUUUAAGAAAAGUCACAAAGUUGAACAACCUAAAGAGUCAGUGGAAAAAAAAUUAGAUAGUCGUCCAAUACAUCCGUCUAUGCGCUUGAAAUUUAAUGCUGCUACAACAAAGUCAUCCACUGAAAUUAAAGAUGCAGAUAAUUGCUUAAGUGUGAAACCUGUUCGAUACCAGUCAGAAGCUAUAGAUGUAACUUCCAAAAAUAAUGGUAAAGAUGCAAAGAAUCCAACAAGAGGCAAACCAGCAAACUUUUUGGUUUCUGGUGGUAAACCUGUUGACUUUUCCUCUUAUAGUGGAAAGCCGGCUAAUUUUUCGCAGUCUCCAGCAGUAAAAAGAAAAAGCACCCCUCCCACUGGUGGCAAGCCAUUGUCAUAUUUUAAAUCUCUUUGUGACAACAAAUCGGAAUUUAAAACCCUAAACAAAGAAAAAAAGACUACCAGAAGCAAGAAGGAAAGCCAAGAGCAAGUCUUGAAGCGAAAGCAAGUUUUAAAAAGAGAAGAAAAAAAAGUUGGUGCAGAAGAUAAUGAAAAGGUAGUUCUGCCAUCUUUGCCACCACAAGCUGUUAUUCUUCAACAGAACAAAGUAAAACCAGAGGAGAAAGCAUCUCCUGUCUUAAAAAAGCAAAAGGUAGCCCAUGGCAAUGCAAUUUCCAGUGGAAAACCUUUUCAAUUUAAGAAUAUCACAUUUGAUGCAGAAACUGAGAAAGAAAGUAGUGAUAGCGAUUCAGAAUCUUCUGCUUCUGAUGAUGACGACGAUGAGACCAAAGAUUCAGAUAGAGAUUUAAGCAGCAAUUCUGAAAGUGAAGACGAUUUAGAUACCACCAUUGAUUCUGCAGUGUCACAAGACUCUGACAUUAUUGGAAAAAAAAGAAAGACCACAUCUGGCAACAAUGAGAUUAUUGUUGCAUUAAAAAAACGGAAGGUAGUUGAUGAAGAAGUCAUUAAAGUGCCAUUGGAAUUUGGAUGGCGUAGACAGACCAGAUUACGCCCAGUGUCAACUGGGGAAAGUUUGCGAGGUGAUGUUUAUUACUACUCACCAUGUGGGAAGAAACUUCGAACUUAUCCAGAAAUAAACAAUUACAUGCUGCAGAAUCCUAAUGUUGAUGUCAAGUUGGAAAACUUCAGUUUCUCAACCAAAUUGCGUGUUGGCGACUUUCUAGAAGCAAAACAGGGAUCUAAAUUCGAACCAUUGUCGGAUGAACAGGUGAAUGAGCGUUUCAAUGCCAUUAGUGAAAAAAAUCGACUGUCCCUUGAAAAAGCAGCUAUAAAGAAGAAAGAAAAAGAUUUGCAAUUGCAAAAGAGCAAAAAAAUUCAGCAAGAAAGACAGCGCAAGAAACUGGAGAAGCAAAUGUUGAAGAAGCAAAGAGAAGAAGAAAGGAGGAGAGCUAUACAAGAAAAAGCUUUGGAAGCCAAACAAAAGAAGGAGAAAGAACGAGAAGCUGCUUUGCAAGCAAAAAGGAUGAAAGAGGAAGAAAGAAUGAGGAUAAAGGAAUCCCGAGAGAAGGAACGACUUCAAAAGCUUGAACAACAAAGAUUAGAGAAGGAAUGGAAACAACAGGCUCUUGAAAAUGAACGGGAAAAAAGGAGGCAGGAAAUGGUAAUAAAUAAGGCACAAGAAAAGGAACAAAGGAGAAGAGAAGUUAUUAUGAUGAAGGCAUACGAGGCUCAAAAGAAAGCAGAGGAAAAAGAAAGAUUAAAAGAGCAGCGGAGACUCGAGAAGACAAUCAUGAAACAACGUAAAAUAGAACAAAAACGUUAUGAGAAACUUAUUUCUAGGGAGUUAAAGAAACCUAUUGAUGAUAUGGCUUUAAACGAUUUGAAACCACUUCCUUUGCUUCCAUCUGUUGCAAAUUUAAAUAUUUCUGGACAAGCUUAUGCUGAUUUGUUAAUGGUGCAGGAGUUUGUUCACUCAUUUGGACAUGUGAUUGACAUUAAUGUUGAAGAAGAUUUUCCUUCACUUGCUGAUCUGCAAGUUUCUUUGCUAUGCGAGUCUUCAAACGAAGAUGCUCUCUUUAAUGCGUGCCAGCAGUUACUUUUUUAUGCUCUCUAUGAUCCCGGAAUUUCUGGAAAAUACGCUUCAACUGCUCUUGGUACAAAUUUACAGAAUGUAGAUUUGAACGAAACAAACAUUUCUGAAGUUCUACGUUUAUUUAUGCUUUGUCGAAAUGAAGGAGAAAACACAAAGUUAUCUAGUCUGCUGGUGCAUAAACCAUUGGUUAGUUUGUCACCUACAGAUAAGGCAGCAGCCUUAGCUUUUCUUUGUAACGAGCUGCUAUGUGGAAAAGCUAUUGGAAGGGAAAUUGAGGGCAGUCUUGAAAAUAUGUCUAAUCUGCGAAGAGAUAAGUGGACGCUGGAAGGACAAAUGAGGAAAUUGAAGGUGGAUAUCUCCAAGAAGAAACCCAAAUCACACAACGGGUUAGAAAAGAAACUGGUGAAACAAAACCUGAACUCUUCCCAAGGUUCUCAGGAUGAAGAAUCACGGGCAGAUGACAAAGAAAGUGACGAAGACUCAGAUGAUGAUGAACCUGGUCAGGACUUCUGUGUUAGCCAAAACGAUGAUGACGUUGAUGGUGAAUUUGAUACUGAUGAUCCACAAAAUCUGGAACAAAUGGAGAAAAAAUUGAAACAAAUGGAGAAGAAGCAUGCAAGGUUCCGAAGCAAGCUUUGUGAUUCUUCGCAUACAAUACGAGGCGUACAUCUGGGUCAGGACAGAUACAAAAGACGAUACUUUGUGCUGCCAAAUGCUGGAGGAGUAUAUGUUGAGGGAUUGGAGAGUGGUUUUUUCGAUGAGGAAAUGUGUCGAAAAACUCAGUUAGAAAAAGAGCAAACAAAAGAAAAGCUAGGCACCUUACUAACCACACUUAAAUCUCCAAACGUUAUUUCACCACCCUCAAUAAAAAUAGAAAACAAAGACACAAGCAGUUCUGCCAGAGAGACUGCUUCUGUUUUCAGUACAAGUUAUGCACAAACCGAAAAACUUAGUUCAUCCAGUUCAAGUAUAAGUUCUGAACAGGUGGAUGUUGAAAUUAAACAGGAACACACAAAGCAAAAUGUUGGCUUAGUUGCAAAAAAUAUUAGUCCUGGAAUUGAACCCUUGAAAACCCAUGGUAUAUUUUCUAAAUCAGUUAAGUUGCCAGAAAAAUGGUUUUCACUAAGAACUAAAGGUAAAUGUGACGAACCAAAACCGUCACAAUCGAAAAGUGACGUGCCCCCAAAGCUCUAUCGUAAAAGUAUGGAUAUUGUACCUCCAAAACUUAAAACGUUAAGUGAAGACCACAUGUUUUUAGAAUCUAUUUAUAAGUAUUAUUCAUACACAGACGGUGCAGAGAUGAAUAAAAAUGACGCAUUAAAACUGUCAGCAUACAGUCAUCCAGCUAAUCUAAAUUCCUGUCCAGGAAAUGUAUCAUCACUUUUUGGUUUGCCACCUGAUCUUGACAUAAAUUUACUAAUACAACAAGAUCCGCAAAAAGCUGCUGAACUGCUCGAAAUCCAAACAGCUGUUCCCCAGGAGAUACCUAGUGACAUGAAGCAUGGCUGGUGGAGAAUCAUUGAUCCAGAUCUCCUCCAAUGUGUAACCAAGGCAGCUCACUUAAGGGGAAUGCGAGAGCGAUCACUUCAGAAAGCUGUUGCAAGAUACAAUGAUUAUGCUGUUAAAUCAUGUAAAGUUAAUGAGCCAAAAUUCUCAUUGGAAUUUCCCGAAGAUGACGUAAGUGAGGGUAAGGAUGACGUAAAGAGUUCUGUUGUUAGAUCCACUGGACCUGUUGUUGAUCAAUGGUUUCAAGCGUUAGCAUAUGCAUUUGAUAAAGCUGUCCUUAUUGAAAUUGAAGAGUUGGAGGAGAAAGUUUUUUCUGCAAGUUUGCAGAUGAAGGGAUACCGUUUAUCUCAAAAAAUGUCAACCAACCUCCAGCUGGACAUGAACAAAGAAUACAAACCAGACGACGAAAAUCACCCACUUCAUUUGGCUACAGCCAAGCUUCUUGCUCUCGAAGCAGGUAUCGAGAGACGAUACCUGAAACAUCCAUUUCGUCUCGAGAAGCUGACCAAAUCUGAAGCAAUUGAUGUGAAUAAGGACGAGAACUUAAAGAACUCUAACAUCCAGACGAUAACACCUGCUCUAAGAUUGUGGAGAGAAGCUGUGACUGAAGCAACAUCAGCUGCUCAAUUGACCAUGUGCGUCAACAGAUUGCUUGAAUGUAUUGCCUGGGAUAAAUCGAUCAUGAAAGUGUUUUGCAUCUUGUGUCGAAAAAGUGACAAUGAGGAGCGCUUACUGUUGUGUGAUGCUUGUGAUCGUGGAUGCCAUACAUAUUGUUGCAAGCCGAAAUUAGACACGAUACCUGAUGGUGACUGGUUUUGUCAAGAAUGUGUAUUAAUGGCAUCUGGGAGUGAUCAAUGCUACGUUUGCGAAGGAAAAUCUGGCAGACGACAAAAAUGUGGCUAUUGCCCACGUCAUUAUCAUUUGCAUUGCUUAGAUCCUCCAUUACAGAAAACUCCUCGUUCCCCAUGGGCUUGUCCGGUUUGCAAGAAAGCACGCCUAAAAACAAAACCACAACCAAAGAAAUACCCCCGUGUAGAAGAAUUAGCACGCAAGGAGGAGGUCGCGAAGAGUAAAUCGCCGAAUAACCGACAACAAGUGUACAAAGAUAUGGAGCCGUGUAGACAAAUGUUGACUGAAUUAGAGAAUCAUGAACUGGCGUGGCCUUUUCUUGUUCCGGUGAACGGAAAACAGUUUCCUGAGUACUACCAGGUUAUUCGACACCCUAUGGACUUCCACACCAUGAAGACCAAACUCAGAGACUAUGCUUAUAAAAGUCGUGAUGAAUUUGCACAUGACGCUAGACGUGUGUUUAUCAAUUGCAACACUUUUAAUGAGGAUGAUUCGGAGGUCGGACAAGCUGGCAAAUCGAUGUCACGUUACUUCGAUUCUCGAUGGCCCGAAAUCUUAAAGAAUGCUGCGAACAAAAGAACAUACGAAAAACAAGACAAACAAUUAAAUAGUUCGAUGGACAAGGCUGAUGACGAUUCAUCAGGUGACGAAGAAAGCAGUAGUGGUGAUGAAGUUAGUAGUGAAUCUGAAAGCAGCGAAGUGGAGGAGAGCGAUGACGAAGCAACGACGAAAGCAUCGUAGCGGAGUGGGGAAGAAAAAGUCGUAAAGAAAGGUUUAUUUUAAAAAGAGUCCGAACUUGUAUUAUAUAUUUAGAAUGGAAAUUUUUCACGAGUGUACAUACGGUCAUUUUAACAAGUUCGAUUUUCUUUAAGUUGAUUGGGUGUUUGCCGAAUCUAUUUCGUCAAAUGCUAACUGCAAGUACAAAGUUGUUUAUAAUAAUUUUUGGGUUUUCCUCGUCUCGUUUUUAUGUACCUGUCAAUGUUUUUGUCAAAUAUGUUCAUUCAUACGCAGUUAAAUAUAACAUUUUUUUAAUUGA